AUGGAGGGCGCCUUUACGCACAUGGGCAACCACCUGGUGUCCGACUCGGCCGCCACCAUCAAUGCCGGCGACGUAGACGAGGGCAUCCUAGACGGCGACCUUUCCCGCGGCGGUCUUUCUCGCAGACGACGCGCGGAUGACGAAGAGGAGUACGAUGAAGACGAUCUGGAGAGCAUGGCCAGUAUGCCGGUGGGCGGGCGCAAUGGCCAGUCUGCUAUGCGGGCGGAAGAUGCUGAGGUCGAACUACCAGCACAUGCUUGCGCAUACUGUGGUAUCCACAAUGCCGGCAGCGUCGUCAAGUGUCUCGCAUGCAGCAAGUGGUUCUGCAGCGCUCGUGGCAACUCUUCGUCGUCGCACAUCAUCAACCAUCUCGUUCGCGCCCGUCACAAGGAAGUCCAGCUCCACCCCGCCUCCUCGCUCGGCGACACGACGCUCGAAUGCUAUAACUGCGGCACAAAGAACGUGUUUCUCCUCGGUUUCAUCCCCGCCAAAUCAGACACCGUCGUUGUUCUGCUGUGCCGUCAGCCAUGCGCUGCUAUGCCUUCCCAAAAAGACAUGAACUGGGAUACCUCGCGUUGGCAGCCGCUGAUCGAAGACCGAUCCUUCCUUCCCUGGCUCGUACCUGCCCCAACUGACCAGGAGCAACUCCGCGCCCGCCACCUUAGCCCCCAGACCAUUGCCAAACUUGAAGAGUUGUGGAAGGACAACGCAAAUGCCACCAUUGCCGAUCUUGAAAAGGGCGCUGGUCAAGAGGAGGUUAUUGCCAAGGUCUUGCUCCGAUACGAUGACGCUUUCCAGUACCAGAACGUCUUUGGUCCCCUGGUUAAGAUCGAGGCCGACUACGACCGCAAGCUGAAGGAGUCACAAUCGCAGGAUAAUCUGGUGGUCCGCUGGGAUAUGGCAUUGAACAACAAGCAUACCGCUAGCUUCAUCCUCCCCAAGCUUGAGUUGGGCGACGUCAAACUCGCAGUCGGCGACGAAAUGCGAUUACGCUACACUGGAGAACUCCGUCCACACUGGGAGGGUGUUGGUUAUGUCAUCAAGAUUCCCAACAACCAGUCCGAUGAGGUGACAAUUGAGCUGCGCACCAAGGGCGAUCACAAGUCUGUUCCUACCGAAUGCACACACAACUUCAGCGCCGAUUACGUCUGGAAGGCUACCUCAUUCGACCGCAUGCAACACGCCAUGAAGACUUUUGCCAUCGACGAGAUGAGCGUGUCAGGUUACAUCUUCCACCGUCUUCUCGGCCAUGAGGUUGCUGCUGCACCCAUGAAGAUUCAGAUUCCCCGCAAGUUCAGCGUACCGGGCCUCCCUGAAUUGAAUGCUAGUCAGAUCAACGCCGUGAAGAGCGUCCUCCAAAAGCCACUUAGCUUGAUUCAGGGUCCUCCAGGUACCGGAAAGACUGUCACUUCAGCCACCAUUAUUUACCAUCUCUGCAAGAUCAGCGGCAGUCAAGUCUUAGUUUGCGCGCCCUCCAACGUUGCUGUUGACCAGCUGUGUGAACGUAUUCAUCUUACUGGGUUGAAGACCGUUCGUGUCACCGCUAAAUCUAGGGAGGAUGUCGAAUCUCCAGUUGGCUUCCUCUCCCUUCACGAGCAAGUCCGCAUGAACGACACCAACGUUGAGCUCAACAAGUUGAACCAGCUCAAGAGCGAUGUUGGCGAAUUGUCAAGUCAGGACGAGAAGAAGUUCAAGCAGCUCACUCGUGCAGCCGAGCGUGAGAUUCUAAACGCAGCCGAUGUCAUCUGCUGUACUUGUGUUGGUGCCGGAGAUCCUCGCCUUUCCAAGAUGAAGUUCCGCACUGUCCUCAUUGACGAAUCGACUCAGUCAGCUGAGCCAGAGUGUAUGAUCCCCUUAGUUCUUGGAUGCAAGCAGGUCGUACUUGUUGGUGAUCACCAGCAACUUGGACCCGUCAUCAUGAACAAGAAGGCCGCAACAGCUGGUCUCAACCAGUCCCUAUUUGAGCGUCUGGUCAUUUUGGGAUGCUCACCCAUCCGCCUUCAGGUUCAGUACCGUAUGCACCCCUGUCUGUCGGAAUUUCCUUCAAACAUGUUCUACGAAGGUUCUCUCCAGAACGGCGUCACAAUGCAGGAACGCAUCCGUCGCGACGUCGACUUCCCCUGGCCUGUCGUUGACAGCCCAAUGAUGUUCUGGUCCAACCUCGGCGCAGAGGAGAUCUCAGCGUCCGGUACAUCCUACCUCAACCGUACCGAGGCCCAGAACGUCGAGAAGAUCGUCACUCGCUUCUUCAAGGCUGGUGUACAGCCUGGCGAUAUCGGUAUCAUUACCCCAUAUGAAGGUCAGCGCAGUUACGUUGUCAGUUCUAUGCAGGCAACGGGUAGCUUCAAGAAAGAGAACUACAAGGAAGUUGAGGUUGCCUCCGUCGAUGCUUUCCAGGGCCGUGAAAAGGACUUUAUCAUCUUGUCUUGCGUUCGUUCCAACGACCACCAGGGUAUUGGUUUCUUGAGCGAUCCUCGCCGUCUCAACGUUGCCUUGACCCGUGCCAAGUAUGGUCUUGUCAUUCUCGGUAACCCCAAGGUUCUCUCGAAACACCCCUUGUGGCAUUACCUUCUUCUCCAUUUCAAGGAGCGCAACUGCCUUGUUGAGGGUCCUUUGACCAACCUGCAGGUCUCGCUUCUGCAGUUCAGCCGCCCAAAGCAGACCUACCGUGGACCUCAGCGUUACCAGAUGGCCUACCAGCAUGCCAACGCUAUGACAUCUGGUCGUCAGGCUGGCUUCAACGGCAACAAGCCUCGCCAGGAGUACAACGACAACGGAUCCAUUGUCGGCUACAUCCCAGACGACGUCUCUUCAGUUCACUCUUCUGCCCUCGGUGGUGUUGGUGUCCCGUCCAACUAUCCUCCGAUGUUUUCCAAUUUCCAGGAGUCUUGGCCUCUUCCUGGUCGUCCAAAUGGCAAGGGCAAGAACGGCGCACCUCAAAGCGUUGCUGGUGAGUCAAUCGCCGCCAGUGAGCUUACCGAUACUCGCAGCGAUGCACCGGGCGGUAUCAGUCUAUCUGGUUUGAGCUUGAACGACUACAACAAGCCUACUUCACUCAGCCAGUCUGACCGCCUCAACCGCUACGUAGAGAAUACUCGCCAGGGCCCGAAUGUUGGAACUGGCUUCGGCGCUGGUCGUGGUCUGCCACGUGGGCUAGGUGGCUUCGAGGAUGACGAUGCUCGUAGCGUUUCUACGGCUUUUGCCAGCCAGAUAGGCACUGGCAAUAACGGAUACGACUGA